AUGCAGUUAAAUGUAACCUCUGCUCUUAAACAUUCCAAGAAGCAGGGUGAACUUUCUCUUACUAUCUCCGCUGCUGCUGAUCAGAAGAAAGUUCAGAAGGCUGGAAAAGUAGAACAUCACCUAUGGAAGAAAAGAGAAUCUGCUGGAUCUGGACAAAAAGCGCUGAAUCUUAUUCGGAUUAUUUUUGGACUUCCAAAUGAGAAAAAGCCUGUUUAUGGUGCAUUAGAUAAAUGGAUUGCAUGGGAGACAGAGUUUCCAUUGAUUGCAGCUGCUAAGGCUCUAAGAAUCUUAAGGCAACAGCGGCUGUGGAAACGAGUGAUUCAAGUUGCUAAGUGGAUGUUGAGCAAAGGUCAAGGUGCAACAACGGCAACCUAUGAUGCACUUCUACUAGCAUUUGAUAUGGACAAUAGGGUAGAUGAAGCAGAAACGUUAUGGAAUAUGAUUUUGCAUACAAGCACACGGUCUGUUUCGAAACGGCUCUUCUCCAGGAUGAUUUCAUUGUAUGAUCAUCAUCAUGUGCCAGACAAGAUAGUUGAGGUGUUUGCAGACAUGGAGGAGUUAGGGGUAAAACCAGAUGAAGAUACAGUUAGAAGAGUUGCAAGAGCCUUCCAGAUGUUGGGCCAAGAAGAUAAGCAAAAACUGGUUCUCAAAAAGUAUCAAAGCAGAUGGAAAUAUGUCCAUUUCAACGGUGAAAGAGCAAGAGUGAGAAGAGAUAUGGAGUGAAUAAAAGUGAUAUUCCUUGCAUCGG